UAUAUAGAUCCUAUACAUGGGCCUCUAUACAUGGGCUCACAUAUACACCAACACUCAACUAUGCCAAAUUCCAGGAUAUGUAAAGAGGAUGCUGUAAUAUUCUUUGAUCCUUCCAAUUGUUGCAAUAUAUUCUCAUGCCACUUUUGUAGGAACCUGCCAUGCUGUUCUGAUUCCUGAGGAUAUGCGGGGCCUUCAAGUUUGAACACUGCCCCUGCUUUCUUCUGUGAAAGGAAAGAGGCUUCCAUGCCCUGAUGGAAAGCUACAGAUGAAUUGGCUUUUGGGUUCAAAUGCUGAAUCUCAUGCCAUCAAUCUACUAAGGCUGCUGCACAUCUGUUCUGCAUGUGGAGAACCUUGGGCUGCUAUAAGUAGAGCACCAGAACCGCCUGCUUCAACACCAAUCAUCAGAAGCCUUCAAUCCUUGGCAUUUUGGAGUUUUUGACUAUUUAGGAUGGAAGCAAUUCUUAAAGGACCAAAGUACGAGUGCUUGCUGUUUGAUCUAGAUGAUACUUUGUAUCCCUUCAGCUUGGGCAUCAAUCUUUCUUGUCGCAAAAAUAUACAAGAUUACAUGCGGCACCAUCUGCUAAUUGAAGAAAGCCAAAUUGCUAAAAUGUGCCUGGACCUGUACAAGGAAUAUGGCACCACAAUGGCUGGCCUUAAGGCAUUAGGCUAUGAGUUUGACAGUGAUGAGUUUCAUGCAAAUGUUCAUGGUACCUUACCAUAUCACAAUCUGAGGCCCGACCCUGUUUUGAGGACCCUCCUACUUUCAAUUCCACAGAGAAAAAUAGUAUUCACAAACUCUGACAAAGCUCACGCAGAGGAGGUUCUGCACAGGCUAGGUUUACAGGGUCGCUUUGAUGGUGUGAUAUGCUUUGAGACACUGAAUCCUUUUAAUGGUUUAAGUGAGGCCCAGAAUUGCAUGGUUUUCAAGGAUGAAACAUCUGCCUACUUGGUUGAUCUGAACGAAUCAGAUGGGUUCAGACCCAAAUCGCCCAUCCUCAGCAAGCCCUCCAUUGAAGCCAUGGAAGCUGUAAUUCGGAUUGCAAAUAUUGAUCCCAAAAAGACAAUAUUCUUUGAUGACAGCACUCGGAACAUUGCUUCAGGAAAGGCUGCAGGCUUCCAUACUGUGAUUGUUGGCAGGUCGACACUGGUUCCCGGGGCUGACCAUGCUCUGGAGAGCAUUCAUAACAUCAAAGAAGCUUUGCCCGAGAUAUGGGAUGGUCAGGAUCGGUCUGAAUCCGAUGUUCUUCCUCCCAGCUCUGUCGGAACUGCAGUGGUUGCUUGAAUGCUCUGUGGGCUAUCCAUUCUGUAAUACCAUUAGAGUGGAGUAAUUUGUACUCUACUUAGUUUGAGUUUGGAUAGAGUUAGAGCGCCCCACCUAGCCAACCCGACCAUAAAACCCAGGUGUCAUAGUGGG